AUGACUGCUGGUGAUCACCAUUUAGUCGUAGCUGACCAGCAACACACACUCGUCGACCUCGAGGGUGUUCAUCAUCCCCACCACCAUUCACAGCAGCAACAAUUCUUAAUAUCAGGCAGUCCACAGUCUCUACAAUCGGCCGCAGGUACUGCAAACGAGGCUCCAGCCACCAUUGACGUGACUAACGCCGCAGGAGAGGUAGUGCAACAGUUUAUUUUGCCGCCAGAUCUACAACUAGAAGAAGGGCAGACGCUGAUUAUGAUACAAGAUGAAGACGGACAACCACAACUGGCCAUUGUAAACCAAGCUGGCAAGUUUUAA